AUGACAGCUGAUACCUCGGUGAAGGAGGAUAUCGAGAAGGGCGGUUCAACGCCCGUUGCGCAUCAUGAUGUCCAUCACCUCAAAGAUGCCGCCGUCACCACAAUUCUCGCGUCCAGCGCAGAGGAACGAGCCCUUCUAUGGAGACAGGACAUAAGAAUCAUACCGUUAUGCGCCGCGAUAUACUUCCUCUGCAACCUCGAUCGCUCGAACAUCGGCAAUGCGAGGAUUCUAAAUUCAACGACGAAGAACGACAUGCAGACUGAGUUAGGAAUGAAUCCCAUACAGUUCAAUGUUGCACUGAUGAUCUUCCUGAUUGGGUAUUUUGCUUUCGAAGUACCUUCAAAUAUAAUGUUGAAGAAAAUGCGGCCGUCAAGAUGGAUUGCUUUCCUUAUGUUGACUUGGGGUGCAAUUACCAUCGGCCUGGGCGGUACACAUAACUUCAGCCAAGUGACUGCUGUUCGAUUCCUGCUCGGUGCUUUCGAAGCCGGUCUGUUUCCAGGACUUGUCUACUACCUCACCUUUUGGUACAAAAGCAACGAGAGAAGCGUCCGCGUCGCAUUGAUUUUGGCCAGUGCAUCGCUCGCCGGCGCUUUCGGAGGCGCUAUAGCUUAUGGCAUUGGGCACAUGAACAGAGCUGCUGGACUCUCAGGUUGGAGAUGGCUUUUCAUCAUCGAGGGAAUCCCAUCGUGUCUCUCCGCAUUUGCUGUCUGGUUUCUGCUCCCUGACUACCCCGAGCGAGCUUCAUGGCUUUCAGUGAAAGAGAAAGAGCUUGCUGCCCAACGUCUGCUGAUAGAAGGGAGCAAAGGAGAAGGCCGUGGCGUGAGGUGGAGCGAUGCGAAGGAGACCUUGACUGAUUGGCGACUCUACGGACAUUAUCUGAUAUACUUUGCUGUAUCUCUGCCAUUCAGCUCCUUGUCACUCUUCUCACCCUCUAUUGUCGCUGGCUUAGGGUAUAAAGAUCUACAAGCACAACUCAUGACUGUUCCUCCUUGGGCGGUGGCCUAUGUGGCCCAAGUAUCGGUUUCAUGGUCUGGCGACCAUUUCAAUGCCCGCGGGCUUCACUGCGCGGGCGCGGCCUUUGUUGGCUCCAUUGCGUUCUUGGCUUCCGCGGCCGCUCCAGCUGAUGCCUUCACUGGACGAUAUGUGUGCCUCAUUAUAGGAACCGCGGGUGCAUUUGCAUCGAUUCCUCCCAUGCUUGGCUGGUUGACGUCGAACAUGUGGAGUACUGCCGCGACAGGCCUUGCUGUGGCUAUCAACGUUAGCAUCGGAGCCGGCCUGGGACAAAUCCCAGGGGUUUGGAUCUACAAGUCUGACGAGGCUGCUCGAGGCUACCCUACCGGCCACGGCGUCAACUGUGCGAUGCUAUUUGUGGUUUCAAUAGGUGCUGUGUGCCUGCGUCUCUUGUAUGGACGAAGGAACAAGCGCAUCCUCGGGGAAGCGAACGGACAGCAAAACGUCAGGCUCUAUGUGCUCUAA